UUUUUUUUUUUUUCCUUCCUUCAUCGCCAUGCUCCGUACAACGAAUAAACGAUUGACGACUAUUUUUAAUCAAUAUCGUAGUAUUAAGGUACAACGUUGGGCUUCUACUGAAACGAAAAAUGUUGCUUAUGAAGAAGCUCUUAAAUUGAUACAAGCUGACAAGGCGGAACGUUUAGAAAUGUUAUCUCGUGUUGAAAAGGAAUUAGCUCGUGUUAAAGAUACUUCUUCACCUACACAAUCGGCACAACUUGCAGCUUUGAAUACUCUAAAAUAUGAUCUACAAGUCAAGGCUGAAUUGAAUGAUCCUGAAGUACGAGCCAAUUUUGAAAACAACCAGAACAUUGAUAUGUCACGACCUGUUUAUCGAUAUCUUACUCAACGACAAUUUGAAAAACAACCUCGUGCUAAACUUUUGGAACGUAUUACUCAAAUGAAUGUGGCUCCUGAUGUGGUGGAUAUCGAUGUCAAUCCAACCGUGGAAAUCAAGUUACAAUUGGAUGAUUCAUCCAUCAUAGAACCCGGUGUAUUCACUACUCCUGAACAAAGUAUCUCUCGUCCUCACAUCCAGGUCACCAAUUUCCAUACUGAACGUCGACUUUAUACCAUGAUGCUUGUGGAUCCUGAUUCACCUGAUGUGGCCAAUAAAACAUAUCAACAACAUUGUCAUUGGUUAAUAACCAAUGUACCCUUAUCUGCCACUCAACCUACAGUUCAAGAUGGUAAUACGAUUCUUGAUUACAUCCCACCUCAUCCUCAAAAAGGUACCAAAGCUCAUCGAUAUACACUCAUUGCUUAUGAACAAGGAAAUCAAGGACAAGAUACAUUGGAUUCUGUCACUGUGAAUCAACGAGAUGGAUUUGAUGCCAAGACAUUUGCAAAGGAACAUGGUUUAACCGUUCGAGGAGUUACCUUCUUCCGUCAAAAAUGGAAUGAAUCUGUCAGCAAGAUUUAUAGUGAUAUCUUAGGUAUCAAGGAACCAAUUUAUGGUAAACCACCAAAACCAGAACGUAUUAUUCAACGCACUAUGUAUAUCUAGUAGAUUUAGUUAUAAUUUUUAGUAUUUCUUUUUUUUUUUGCCAUCAUCAUUUCAUCUUGUCAUAUUAUUUUUUUUAUCACGUUCUUUUUUUUUUCCACACAACAUAGAUUAUUCUAUUUAUAUAUAUAUUUACAUUAUCAAAAAGAAUAAAACGAAA